AUGGCGUUCACAAUUACAAUAAUUCUAGUCGUCACAACACCAAGAAUAUUAGCAGAGUCUUUAAAACCAGAAACACAGGAUUUGAUUGACGCAAGUGAAUGGAUACCAAUGCGUCAACCAUGUUUAACGUGCCAUGAAGAACAUCAACAAUCUUCAAGUCUUGUUGAAAGUGAUCAACAAAAUUUAGCUUCAACAGUAGUCCAACAAGAUGAAUCCAUACAGCUCAAUCCACAAACACCUAAUGGGGCUCAACAAAAAACAGGUCGUGUAUUAAAUACCGCGGUAGCGUUUCAACGUAAUUUUCUACCUAGACAACAUCCACAACAGUUGCAUCAGCGACAAAUAGAGUCAUCACCAGGAAAUCAACCGUUUUUAUAUAAUUUAGUACCUCCAAGUGGACAACAAAAUUAUCAACCACGGCAACAGCCCCAAACACAUUUGACACCCCAAUUCUUACCACAUUUAGAGAAUGCUAAUUUUAAUGCUCCAAUCUUCUCACCAAAUGCUCAGACAUUUUUACCCCCUGCUCCUCAACAAGUAGCUCCCCUUCAACAUCAUCAAGGACCACGUCAUCAACAGCCUCAACAACAAUUUUACUUAAAUCAACCUCAAGAUGAUUUUCAUUUAUUGCAACAAAUUUUAAACAGCCAAAAUGGACAGUUUGCAAACUCAAUUUUUGAUAUUCCACAAUCGAUACCAUUAAAUCAAACACAAACAUAUCAACCUGUCCAAUAUAUCACAGAGUCCACUUCCGCUUCAACUGCAAAAUCAACAUCUGCUCCAUCAACUACAACAAUUUCACCACGAAGUUCAUCGUCUUCAAAACCUAAUGAAGAAAUUUCCUUACUUUAUGUUCCAUUGGAAUCAUUCUCGCGACAACGUGGAGGUAGUGGAUCAAGAAACUCGAAGCCAGAAGUAAUUACAGAAAAAUCUUUCCACUCAACACCUUCAUACCAUUCAUUACAAUCACAAAUUGAGCAAGAUUUUGCUCAACAGAAUUACCAAUCUCAUCAAUUACAAGAGCAAUUUAAUAAUGAUCAACACUCGAAUCCUCCACCACGUUCAACAACACUUGUUGGUAUUGUAACCGAUGCACCGAAACCAACAACUCAAGCAACAGUAACGCAUAAAAAGAAAAAUAAACUAAAGCCACAUCAACCGCCAUUGGCCGUAUUUAUGAAUGGUGAAACUGAUAACUCAAAAGAUGAAGUUAAGGUAACUGAUGUCUUAUCUGUAUUAAAUAGUGCAAGAACAAUUGAUGUUCUUGAUCAAAUAGGUCCAAAAAUGCCACAAGUGUUUGUAGGACCGUCAAAUCUUAAACCUCCAGAAGGAUAUGCCAAAUUCGAUUUACCAUAUUUGUCAAAUUUGGACCAUAAUCGUAUACAACGUAAAGUUGAGCAACUUCCAUUUUUUGUUGCACCGCUAAGUUAUAAUGUUCCAGACGGUUAUCAAAAAAUUCCUUUCCCGUCACCACAUGUUGGGUCAGUGGUGAUACGAGACAUGAAAGACUUACAUAAUAAAGAACAACCAGAAGCCAGACCAGUACAAUCGGAAAAUAUUUUUUCGAAUCCAUUGCUAAAUCAAUUUAAUUCAAAUUUUGAAAUUCCAUCAUUUCAAUCUUCUCAAAACCAGCAGCCACAAUCACAGAAAUUUUCAUCGAAUUUCUUCGAUACGUCAUCAUUUGGAACAUCGCAAUCACCAUUAUUUGGUCAAUCGCAAUCGCCGUCAUUUGAUCAAUCGUCAUCACCGACAUUUGGUCAAUCGCCAUCACCAUCAUUUGGUCAAUCGCCAUCACCGUCAUUUAGUCAAUCGCCAACACCAACAAGAGGUGAAACUAGACCAAAACAACAAUAUCAAUAUAGUCCAACAACCUCUCAAACACCUGCACCUACAAGGCAGCAACAAUACUUCACCGAAUCGGUCACACCUGCAAGACAAAAUCAACAGUUCACUGAAUCCACUAUUUCUCCAUUAAUAUCAUCUCAAAAUAAUGCGGGUGCAUUGGAUAAUUACUACUUUACAAAGUCUAGCCCAAGGCCCGAAACUGAAUCAAAACGAAGGCCAUAUAAAAUUGGAACAACGCCUAGUGAAGCUUCGGCAAGUGUUAGUACUCCUUCUCAACAAUUUGUCUCAUCAACGCCAUCAAGUUUAUCGGAUUACACAAUUUUGGAACAAUUCCCAAUACGUGACUCACAUAGCACCACACCUGCAGGACUUUAUCGUGAUAAAUAUCGUGUACAACAACAGCAACAACCAGAAAUAAUCACAGGUCAACAAUAUCAAACACAACAACCAAAAUUCAAUUAUAAUUUUACGCCAAACGUACCACAAUUACAAGUUUCGCAGUUCCAAGAUGAGCUAUCCGCUACAAUUCAACCGAAUAAUCCAUUACGUUAUCAAACACCAAGUGCUCCUGCCAUUGUUUCAACCGAGCCAUCAACGACACAACAACCCAAAAAUAAUCAAGAAAUAUACUCACAACAGUUAAAAAAUUCAUACACUUUGGAAUCAACUCAACCCAAAAUACAACCACAAUUUUAUCAAGAACAAAUUCCAUUCUCACCAAUUCAUCAGUUACAAACACAUCAUGCGCCAAAAUAUGAACAAGUUUAUCAACCCGAACCUCAAUCUCCAUUCCCUGGUUCAAUAAGUUCUGAUCACAACGCCGAACUCCAAAAUCAUGUACAAGAACAAAACUCACAAUAUAAUAUAUCAUCUUUACUUCCACCUAUUAAUCCACAAUUACCCGGUUUAAUCAAUUCUUUACAAGAUGAACAAGCUUCGUUAUCAUCUCCAACACCAGGAGGAUCAUCUAGUUCAAUUGCUGAUUCUUAUCCAAAGUCAUCGACACAGCAAAGUACUGUGACACAACAUGAAACAUAUACACGGCGUCCAGUGACGCGAGGACGUCAAAGGCAUCCUAGUUUACGCCCAACAGCAUCCACUACUGAAUCUCCAGCUACUGUAACAACACCUCGAUCUCGUGGAACAACGCCCCAACGAAGACGAAGACCACAAUAUAAUGGUCGUCCUCGCCAAGAACAUGACAAUAGUGGUGAAGAGCCAAAUUAUCCUCCAAGAUUUUUAAGCACUAGUACCACAACCACUACUACAACUACUACAACAGCAGCCCCAACAACAGAGGUGGUUAGGAUUACCAGUCCUCGAACAACUCGCGGUCGAUAUAACUAUCAAUCAAAUACGGAACAUAGCACAGAAUUACCACGACGAAAUAUUGUAACCCGAACACGCUUCCGAACACGAGGACGUCAAACUACGACUACAACAACCACAACAACUACACCAGAACCCCCUGUAGCAUCAUCUACAACGGAUAAUGAGUACUUAUUAAAUGGCCAUCAAAAUAAUGCAGCUUUAACGGAGCGUAGUUUUGCAUAUACAUCAGGAGAUAAUGGUUUACAGCAUCAAUUCCAACAACCUAAAUUUGAAAGUGGUUUCCAAGUAUCGCAACAAGAUUAUUUACAAAACCCUACUCCAAGCCAAAAUUAUCAGCAACAAUAUGAAGAACAACAAUACGAUAAUGGUAGCAACCAACAACAAUCAGAUGAAUUGUCCCAGCAAAAUUAUUACAAUCCUCAACAAUAUCAACAACAAAGUAUUUCUUCCACUCAAAGAUAUGAGAAUCAACCUGAGGGAGUUUCAUCGUAUCCAUCAACGACACAGAACGUCCGGUUUGUAGAUAUUAAUUCAUACAGCUCUGGCCCAACCACUGUUGCAGCUCAACCUCAACGUAAUGUUGAACCAGAAGUCAUUUCAAAGCCAAUUGACGGACAAUCAGCCUAUGUACGAUUUAAUGGUGGGCAACAACAAAGUUCUUUCGUCCAAUCACCAACAUCGGAGCGGACUUCAACUAUUAGCUCCAGACGACAAAAUCAAUCUGCACGAAUCAAAAAUCGACCACGAGGUCGUAUUUAUACAACCACUACCACAGAAAACGAACCAAUUCGUAUUUCAUCAACGACUACAGAAAAAUCAAAUCAAGAUGAAGAACAAGAAUUUUACGGAUUCUUCCGUACUCCAUCGUUUGCACCACCUGCAAGCAGUGAACCAAGUACAACAGUUCGCCCACAAUAUUUAGUAAACCCAAGUACUUCACGGCCCUUAUAUGAACAAAACGUUGUUCGUAGUAGUACAACAUCACCAAAAUAUUCGAAUCCAAGUAUAGAACAACAAUUUACUGAUGACCAAUCUGCCAAUCAAUAUUACUCACAAAGUGAGAAUCCUAAUAAAUAUUAUACACAAACUGAGAAUCCUGCCAAAUAUUAUUCACAAAGUGAGAAUCCUAACAAAUAUUUAACGCAAACUGAAUCACCCAAAUAUUUUUCACAAUCGUCAUCAGAUAUAUCAAAUAAUUUCUAUUUGCAAACGGAAAAUCCAAAUAAUCAAUAUUUCUCACAAACCGAACGUUCUUCAACUGAAUCCGCAGAUACCAUAUAUGUUGAUAGUUCUGGUCGACAAACUUCACCAUCUCCUUCAUAUUAUCCAGAACCAAAUCAAAAUGACUCACAAUCACCAUCCCCCGUGUACAUAGCUUCGCCUAGUACUGAUAAAUCUGAAGAAAUCCAAAGUUUUAACGAUGACAUUACCACAGAGAAAAGAUCAAAACAAUACUUUAUCAGUAGCAAAGUACCUACUUCAAAUCGACGUCCAGUAACGACCACACAAUAUUAUCCAUCAACAACAGCUCGAAGUGUAGUGAAUACAAGUGGACGAUAUACCGUACGACCACCAACUAAGCAAAGUGGUGAUAAUGCACCAAAAGUUGUAAAAAUUCGCGGUCGUAUGAGAAAACCUAUAUCUCGAACAACCACUACUACUGAAGAUUCUUUUGAAGAUGACACCGCAUCUGGAGAAGUGUUAUCACAGCAAUAUGAAGAAAGAAUAUCAUCUCCAGUACCACAUAGUGAAACAUACACACAACGGACAGAACAAAAUGUAGUAAAACUAGCGAAACGUCCACUUUCAAGCCGUGGUCAAAUCAAUUACCGAAAAACUGUAGGAGGAAACGUUGCUGGAAUUGGUAGCAACGAUGACGAUGAUGGACUCGAAGCACCAAAUUAUCCACAAGAAUUUUUAAUCGCACACGAUUUAAGUACUAAACGCCCUGAUUUUAAAAUCACUGUUGGACCUCUUGAACAAAGUGAAUCGUCCUACUCUGAUCAAAUUCCGUACCAAUCAAUUUCACGUCCAAAAGUGAUCCUUCGAAGUCCAGAAGAUGGUGUUUCUGAAAGUCAAUGGUCAACAAAAUAUACAACUACAUCAUUUUUCCGCAAACCAAACAGCAAUGACAUUCCUACUGAAGAUAAGCAAGUAAAUAAGAAUGUAUCAAGUUCGGAAAAUAUUACAGCUGUUGAUACUUCGCCAGAUAAUUCGGCAACGACUGAAGGUAAAAGCAUAUUUGAACAAAUAUUCGAUGAAAUGGCGAAAUUUGGAAUGGGAGAAGAUGAAACUACAACAACAAUUGAAGCAAUUACCGAAAGUAACACGGAUGUUGAAGGGGAUGUAGCAAUUGGAGAAAUUAAAGUACGUAAAGGUAAACGUCGUGGAUAUUGGAAGCGAGUCCGAGUUCGUCCUGUAGAUGGUUUACAAGUUGCUGAAUCACAGAAUAUUGCUGCUGCUACAAAUUUAAUAUCCGACUCAGCAAAGAAGACAUAUCCAAGACCAACCAUUGAACAAUAUGUUAUUUCAUUCGAACAACCUGAAAUCAAGGACCAGUUCGAAGAAAUAAAGGAAACAACUAUUGCACCAAUCAAAAAUCUUGAUUUUGUAACCGUUUUACCAGUUUCAUUAAAUCUUACAGACAUACUUUUAGAUAAUGUAACAAACACAAACGAAACUUUAAAUGGUAGCAAUAUCGAAACAAGUACAUUAUCUAACCUCAAAGAAAAUGUGACACUUGAAAAUGAAAAUAAAAUUGAAAGUAAAACUGAAGCAAAUAACGACGUUAAAAUAACAACUGAAACCACAGACGAUGAGAUUGUAACUACCGAAACGACACUAAUCCAAACGACGAUCCAAAAUUCACUACCAGAUGUUGCUACGGAAAAUCAAAUUAACGAAACGAAUUUUAUAUCAGAAAAAAUUAAUGAUAUUACAAAGAAAGUUGAGGAGAAAGAAAAUGAAGAUAAAAAACUUGAUAUAACCGAUCCAUUUGUGUUAGGUACAUCAACAUCAACAGAAAUUUCACACGAGACAGAAAUUUGCUAUCGAGGUCGUUGCGUUAAAUCAAAUACAACAUCCGUAUCAUCGGCCGAACAAAAUGACAGUCGAGGACAGUUGUUAUAAAAAUGUAGUGAUUAUAUUUUUUUAAAUUUUUGAUGCCAAAUACCUUAUUAU